AUGCAUGAGCGCCGCAUCCUGCACCGCGACGUGAAGCCUCAGAAUAUUAUUGUGGCUCCAGAUCUUAGCACCCUGCACCUGACGGACUUCAAUAUCGCAAGGGCCCUAACAUCGGCGGCUUCCCUUACACCAACGGGAACUUGGGAGUAUUCAGCGCCAGAAGUCAUGCGGGGUGAGUCGCCCUCUGAAGCUCAGGACAUCCGGGGUGUGGGGCUGUGCUUAUGCAUGAUGGUCGCUGGCAACGUGCUGAAGCCUUCUACAUACUUCUCAGCCAGCAUUGAUGUGCCGGAUCAGAAUCAGAUAACAACAUGCCUACAAGGGUGGGAGGGUAUCUCUCAGCCCUGCAAACAUGUGGCCAAUUGCUGCUUGGCCCUGGACUGGCAUGCUCGCCCGGCAGCUAUCAUCAUCCUGCGAAUGGAAUGGUUGAACAGCCCUCCACAAAAGCGAACCAGGUCAAUCGACAGCAGCAAAAGCCCUGGAAGUCUUCGCCAGUGGCCACGAUCGCGACGAUGGGGAAGCGACGCAGAUAUGUAUGUCUGGGAGCCUCAGGCAGUGGUGAUGCUCUAA